AUGUUGGAAUCGGAUGUAGAUCGAUAUGUUUGUUGUGGUCAUUCCUUUUAUCAGGACCAUACAAUUGAUGAUAAUGGAAAGACAUCAAUUAUAUUUGGAUGUUUGGAACUGAUACAGGAAGUUGUAGGACAAGGUGGAUCUGAGCUGCACGCGGAUGCCACUUUUAAAAUAGUACCUGUCGCACCAAAGUGUCGGCAACUACUUGUUAUGCACUUGAUUAUUCAAAACCAUAGUAUUCCAGUUAUAUAUGUACUUAUGGAGUCAAAGACUGAACUAGCUUAUACUCUUGUUCUGAGGAAAUGUAAGGCCAUGUUUCCGGCUAUUCAACCAGAAUGUAUAAUGACCGAUUAUGAAAUUGCCUUAAAAAAUGCAUUCAACAUAAUUUAUCCUGAAAGUGUUCAACAUGCUUGUUGGUUUCACCACUAUGUACAGUGUCUUGUCAAGAAUCUUAAAAGUAAUGGGUUUUCAAAUUAUGUAAAAAAUAACCAAGAGGCGCAAAUUUGUAUUAAAAUGACUUCUAAAUCUCGUGUCCUUUUUUACAUAUUUUUCCAACUAUUGGUUACGUACAAGAACACCAGAAGAUUUUCAGUAUAUGGUGUUCCUAGAAGAAUAAAUAAUAAUGUGGAGUCUUUUCACAGUGGACUAAAAGAAAAAUUCCAAAGUCUUCACCCAAAUUUGUGGACGUUUUUAGAUCACUUGAAACGCUUAAGUUUGAAAAAUCAUGUAACCAUUAAACAGUUGAGAAGAGGUCAACGAGUAUCACGUCCAGUAAAAAUGAAAUACUUGUUAAAUUCUGUACGCAUUCAAACAGCAACUACACAAUUGGAGCUUGGUGUUAUAAAUGUGAAAGAAUUUUUACUUCAAUGUUCACAUUGUGCUGAACGUUACUUAAGAGAAGAAAUCAAUUGGGAUAUAUAA